AGCAACACCCGUUUAAAAAUACAAAUUCCACAGAAAAUUCCAAUAAAUUUGGAUAUUAAAGCAUAAUAAAUUAAGAAAAUUUCGCACGGGCAACAGUGAAUAAUAAAUUACAAUACUCAUGUCAAUAACCCUAUUGAGAGGAGGCAAGCAAAAGACUAAAUCUUGUGUAGGAAUGACCGUGAUGUCCAAGACUUCAAUAGCGGAAAUAUGUGAGAAUGCCAAAUUGGCCAGAGAUAUGGCCUUAACUGGUGACUAUGACUCAGCUUCCAUAUACUAUGAAGGUCUGCAGGGUUUAUUGGCACGGAUGAUAAGUUCAACUAAUGAUCCGUUGCGUAAGGGUAAAUGGACUAUGGUUAAACAACAAAUCACCAAGGAGUAUUCACAGAUUAAGGAGAUACAACGCACCUUAUCGGAUAUGACAUUAGAUUUGCAGAGUUCACAGUUUGCAUCGAAAUUUCGUACACAGACCAGUGAAACAGAAACCAAAGAUCCUAGCUCGUGGUUUCGUCCGGAUCCGGAUAUUUGGACACCACCACCAAAGGAUCCUGAUGUAUGGGGACCACCAAAACCAGAAAAACCCGUAGUACCCAAUCGCAAUCGUAAUGUGCCGGGUAAAAAACCACUUCCCUCAAAAAGUACCAUACCGACACGCAACAGCACAUCAAGUAAUGGUCUAAAUAAAAAGUCCAACACCGGGUCAUCUUCAGCGCGUUCUUCGGUUAAUUCACGUGGCCCAUCCACAACUCGUAAAUCAACUACCAGCAGUACUAAUUCUACAAGUUCGAAGGACAAAGAUGAUAAUGGCUCCAACAAAGACAACGAUGAGACCAGAGAUGAUGAAUCACCAGAUCAAGAAGAAAAGGAAGAAAAGAAAUUUCAACCGAAUAAUCACAUUGAAGCCGAAUUGGUUGAUAUAUUGGAACGUGACAUCUUACAACGUAAUCCGAAAAUACGUUGGAAUGAUAUUGCCGAUCUGCAUGAUGCUAAACGUCUGCUUGAAGAAGCUGUUGUAUUGCCAAUGCUAAUGCCGGAUUACUUUAAGGGUAUUCGACGACCCUGGAAAGGUGUUCUCAUGGUUGGUCCUCCCGGAACCGGAAAAACUAUGUUGGCCAAAGCUGUGGCCACUGAAUGUGGUACCACAUUCUUUAAUGUCUCCUCGUCAACGCUGACCUCGAAGUAUCGUGGCGAAUCAGAGAAAAUGGUACGCUUGCUAUUCGAAAUGGCAAGGUUUUAUGCGCCGAGCACCAUAUUCAUCGAUGAAAUCGAUUCGUUAUGUUCUCGUCGUGGUUCAGAAUCGGAACAUGAAGCAUCCAGGCGUGUCAAAUCUGAACUGUUGGUACAAAUGGAUGGUGUCGGCAGUGAGGAGGCCAAUAAAGUUGUUAUGGUAUUGGCGGCCACCAAUUUCCCCUGGGACAUCGAUGAGGCUUUGCGACGACGUCUAGAGAAACGUAUCUAUAUACCACUACCUUCCAGUGAGGGUCGAGAAGCAUUGCUAAAGAUUAACUUGAGAGAGGUGAAGGUUGAUGAAAGUGUUGAAUUAGCAGAAAUUGCCCAGAAAUUAGAGGGGUAUUCGGGAGCGGAUAUUACAAAUGUUUGCAGAGAUGCUAGUAUGAUGUCUAUGCGUCGCCGUAUUGCCGGUCUGACGCCCGAAGAAAUUCGCCAACUGGCCAAGGAAGAGGUGGAUUUGCCAGUAUCUAAACAAGAUUUCAUGGAGGCCAUUAGCCGCUGUAACAAGAGUGUUUCACAGGCUGAUUUAGAUAAAUAUGAAAAAUGGAUGGCCGAGUUUGGUUCAUCAUGAUGGCCGCAAGCAACGUACAACAAAAACAACAACACUAACCAUACAAAACGUCGCAUGCUGUUGUAGAUUUUUGAGUGCGGUUUAC